AUGUCACUCUAUGAUGAUGAAUUACUUGAUUCCAACAAAGACAGUGGUACUAAAGUCGGAGCUUGGUCAGACUCAAUUAAAUUACUUCAUGGACCAAUACAUGCAAAAAAAUUCCAUCUACAGCAGCAACUUAAAAAAGAUGCAACAAAAAAUGUUGUUGCACCUGUAGCUGAUCUACGUAAAAAACGAGCACCAGCAUUGCCACGUCAUCCAAAUGCUGAAGUUACAUUUAAUAGUAUGACUGGAAAAAUGGAAUUACGAGAUAGUAAUUCUCAACCACAAGAUACAAGUGGACCAUCAUCAUCAGUGACAGCAUUAAUUCAAAAUAUAACUUCAAAUAUGUCUGUAUUUGGUUAUACAGAUGAAUAUGAUCCAUUAAAACCAAAUGAUUAUGAAAAAUUAAAAGAACAACGUAAACGUGAACAAUAUCAACGUGAUAAAGAAUUAGAACGUCAACGACGAGAUGAAGAUGAACAACAACAACAACAACCAAAAGGUUUAUAUGAUGACGAUUAUGAAAAUGAAGAGACGGAAAUUUCUAAUCGAGAAUUAAAUGAUCGACCAAUACGAAAAGGAAAUGUUUUUGCACCACCACCUUCAUUGAUAGAAGAAGAUAAACGUGCUAGUACUCAUAAUCAAAAUGAAUCAGAUAUCAAAGAUGAACAUAUAUCAAUUCCUCCGUCGAAUUCAGAUGAACGUAUUGAAGAUAUGGAAACUGAAAGUACUGGACCAAAUCCUGGGUUUGGAUCUACGAAAGGUGCAGCUGCUGUUGCUAAAAUGAUGGCUAAAAUGGGUUAUCGAGAAGGACAAGGUCUUGGUAAAUCUCAACAAGGUAUAAGUUCAGCAUUGACCGUUGAAAAAACGGGUAAACGUGGUGGUAAAAUCAUACAUGAAAAAGAACCACUACCUAAAGAAUUCAUUUUACCACCACCACCUCCUCCUCCACCAUCACUAUCAGCGAUGCCACCUCCUUCCAUUGUUACUCCAAAAGCUGAAUCAGGUGUUAAUUUAUCUGUUGAAUUAAAAGGAGCAACGAAAGUUGUUUUACUUAAAAAUAUGGUUGGACCUGGUGAAGUUGAUGAUUUACUUGAUAGUGAAACAAAAGAAGAAUGUCAAAAAUAUGGUGAUGUUGAAAAAUGUCUUAUCUAUGAAAUUCCUGACGUACCUGAAGAUGAAGCUGUACGAAUAUUUGUUGAAUUUAAACGAGUUGAAUCUGCUAUUAAAGCUGUUGUCGAUAUGAAUGGACGAUAUUUUGGUGGUCGUGUUGUAAAAGCAAAAUUCUAUGCUUUGGAUAAAUUUCGUCAAUUUGAUUUGGCUGAUGAUUCUUGA